CAAAGAGAGAAAACAAGAGAAAAACAAAAGACUACGUGAGGUGGAAUGCCUCGGCUUCGUAAUCAGUUCGGGUGGCCGCAGAGUCAUCAGAUGGCGCCACCGGUGCCAUCCAGUUACAAGAGCCAGGGAAACAACAACCAUCCACCUGUCGGCGACCGCCAAUCAGAUGAUGACGACGCCAUGGCCGAAGAAGAUAUGGAAGACAUGGAAGAAUUUGAAGCCGAAGAAGCUUUGAUGAUGGAUGAAGAGGAUGACGCAGCAGCCGCUGCUGCUGCUGGUAGUAAUCACAGCCACCACCGAAGCAGCAAAUUGAGUGAUGGAAGCAGUGGCCGCCAGUCGGCGCCACUACCCAUCACGGCCGGUGGGGAUUUCAAGUGCUCCGUAUGCGACUUUACCACUCGAUCGAGAGUCACCUUACAACGUCACGAACGGCUAACACAUCUCAAGAAAAAGUUCUUCAGGUGCGUUAAAUGCAAUUACGUCACGCACGUUAAGGCUCGUUACACCAAACACGUCAAGUAUCAUUCGAUGCCCAUGAUUAAAUGUGACUUGUGCGAAUUCCGGACGCCCUACAAGUGGAACCUGGACAGACAUUUGAAGAAUCAUAUGGGCGGAGGAAUGUACCAGUGUUCCUUAUGCAAUUUCACUGCCCACAUCAAGCAAUCGCUGACUGUCCACAUACAAAAUCAUCAUCUCAGUCCGGACAAGGCCAGAUCGGCACGUCGCCGGAAUAAGGUGGGAGCCUCCGACCAGCUCAACGAAGUCAAUCCGGCUGAAACGGCCAUGGAUGCGGAUGAAGCGGAGCUGUUGAGACUGGAGAGGAUGGAGCAGAGCGCCCGCCAGGGCGUUGCGGACGAAGAGGAAGACGAGGAAGAGGACGGAGAUGAAGCCGGUGGUGAUCGAGACGAGGUGGAAGAGCCGGCCAGUUCGUCUAAAACGGAUCUAGAGGAUUUCGGCUUCCUCCAUCCGGACGGUGUGGCUCAAAAGAACGGACGCCUUUACGCCCGCAGUCGUGCCCAGUGCAUUAAUUUUAAGAGCCCCUGGGAAGCCGAGUUGGUCCGUCAGCAGUGCAAGACCAACGGAGAAACGAAAACGAGUGGCAGCCAAGUUUCGCCCGUCAAUUACAGUUUGUCCGUUCCUCUUCCGGAAUUAGUUCCACCCAAGAAAACGGCCGCCAGGCCCAUCCCCAAUUUGAUCCCGAUCGGCCAGACGGCCCAGCCGCCCACGUCUCCCUCCCCUACCAUAUUGAAAAUUCCGCAAAUUCCCGUCCGUGAAUGGGACGAAGAGGCCAGCUCUUCGUCCAUCCUGGAAGCGGUCGGCUUGCUGGCCAAAAAUCAGAAAUGCGCCGAUGAGACACGUAAAAGGAAGAGCGGCUUUCUCGAUCAGCUGGCCCAGAAAUUGGCCGGCAACAAUGAAUCCGUCCGCGCGGAAGAGAUCCCCCCGUCGACGGCCAGCGCCGUGCCCGCCAGCAUAUCGUGGUCGUCCAGGUGUCAGCAUUGUCGCCAGCGGUGCAAGACGAGGGCCGACCUGCUUUCCCACUUGAAACAAUGUCCCAGAGCCUUGCAAGCUGCCGGCCACGAGAGCGAGGAGGCGGCAGCGGCACCCGCGGCCCCGCCUCCUCACCCCAUGGAGAACAAGGUGUUCGUCUGGAACCAAUCGGCCGCCGAGGAAGAGUCCAACACGGAAUCCGAGACGGACGCCAUGAUGAUGAUGAUGAUGAUGGAGGAGGAAGAGAACAAGCGGCCCUCUUCCGUUGCCGGAAGCGACGUUUCCGAAGCCAGUCUGGUGGGCAUCGAAACGGCCCCGGGCAUUGGGGCCGUCACGGGUGGGGCCGGAGCUCCGGCCGCGGGCUCUUUGUCCAUGGAUCGUUCGACCGUCCGUCGAGUCUACCGUUGCCCUCAGUGCUCUUUCUGGGCGACGACGGCCAGUCGUUUUCACGUCCACAUGGUCGGCCAUACGAAUACGAAACCGUUUGAAUGUUCCCAGUGCGCCUACCGAUCCAACUGGAGGUGGGAUAUUACCAAACACAUCAAGUUGAAAGCAGCCCGUGAUCCGGCUCACACGCAAGCUCGAGUUCUCUUGCUGGACGCCUCGGGCGAACGUCAUUACGACCAAUACGACCGUUAUUUGGUUAUGAUGCGCGUCACGGAAUCAGGUGGGCCGUCUUUAACUCAUGGCCGUUUCGCCAUGGAAGAAAUGGGACGGAGGACUGCGGCCUCGUCGUCUCGACGGACGGACUCGUUGUCACCGUCUCCAUCGCCAUCUCCGGUGCCUUCACCUGUUCCUGUUGCGGCCGCCGGUGGCGCUAGUGGUAGCGAAACGCUGCCUUUCAAUUUAUCGGCCGUCUCGUUGGCCACGUCGCUGGCCAACAUCGCCUCCACUAUCUUGCCGCCGCCGCCCGCCAUCCGCCAACUGCCGCAAUUGAACGCACUUCAUCACGACGAUUCGUCGGCCCAUCUGUCGGAUCAUUACCCGUCGCCAACCAAAUCCUCUAGCGGUGGGGCCAGCAACCCUCGCCGGACCAUCUGGAAGUGCAAACGUUGCGUUUUCAAGGAUCAUAACCGGGAGACGGUCUUGCAGCACAUUCGAAGUGCUCACUAUCAUCCGGGUGUCGGUACUAAUAGCGGGAGCAGUCCGGCUCUGUCCGUUUCAUCAACUGGUCUGACUAGCGGUGGACAGAUGGCCGUCGGUGAGGCUCACCUCUUGCCUCCGCCACCGCCCGCCUCCCUCCUCUCUGUCGGGGGAGGUUCUUCUUCUUCCUCAGCGCCUGCUUUCCGAUGUGGAGUAUGCAAUCAAGUUUCCAAUUGGAAACAUGUGAUUCAGCGCCAUUGCCGUUUGAAACACAAUGGAAAUAUUCAAGUGAUUGAAAAUCGGGUGACGGAGGAAGACGGUCCAGAAUUGAGUCGCGAAGGGGACGAUUUGUCCGUUUCGCUAUUGAACGGCAAAGAGAAAAAGAAGGCGGUCAAACGCGAGAGUCCUCUACCGGAGGAAGAUUCUAUGGGUUAUAUAAUGCAUCCGGAUGCGCAGCAAUAUUCGUGUUCCGUUUGUCCGUUCAUCUCUAAAAGCCUGACGGACAUUGAAGUUCACCGACAACAUCAUAAGAGCGGACCGGGCCGACCCAUGAAGUGCCCCAUCUGCCCAUUUUUCGUGGCCGAUAAACAAGAACUUGCCCAGCAUCUCGUUCUUCACGGAAUGCACGACUUGAAAUUGGACGCUUCCGGCCAGCUUUCUUCCAGCGUUGAAAAGGCAAAUUUUAAAUCUUGAAUUGAAAUUUGAAAAUUGAAACUAAUGAGAAAAAAAAAAAAAAAUGAAUGAAUGCAGAAUGAUGUUCCAGAACAACAGAGCCCUGAAAAAAGAUUCCGUUGCACUUCGUGCCCGUACGUCAGUGACAACAAGAGCCAGUACGUGUAUCACAGACAGUUCCACCGUCCGCGAGGUGCGCCCUACAAAUGUUCGCAAUGUUCUUACAACGUCAGCCGCAGGCACUUGCUGAAUCAACACCUCUGCGUGCACGGCCUGCCACCUAUCGGCUUGCUGGACGGCGAUCAUUACGCCUCCGAUUCGGACCCCAUCGGCUCGGAAGCCGAAGCGGAGGCUGAAGCCGCUGAGGCCGUGCUGGACAUGACGGACGAGGAUGUAGCCAUGACCUCCAUCGAAAAUCAAUCACCCUCCACGGCGGCCAUGUCAUCCUCUUCAUCCUCCGUUCCAGCCGUUAACAAUGGGGCCGGAUCUGAAGGCUACACCCACCUGGGCUUGGAUCCCAACACCAUCGCCCGGUUGCCGGACUCGGCUACUGUCUCGUUGUCCGAUAUCCCACUAACUUGGGUAUCUCGCGGACAAAAGUUCUACAAAAUGUUCAAAUGUCGCCAUUGUCCGCACGUGAACGUCCGCAAGGCCAAUAUCCAGGAGCACGAAAAGAGACAUCAGACCAAGACGGGCAACGGAGGAGAUAACAUGCACGCUUGUACUAUGUGUAAUUAUCGUUGCAAUAACGCUGGAGUCCUCUCGGCUCACGUCAAGGUCCACCAGAACGUGUUGGGUAUCAUCCACGCGCUGGCCGACCCGACCAGGCCGGACGACGAGCAGCUGCGCCAAUUGGCCGGAGCGUCGGGUCUAUCGAAAUUAGUAGCCGAAACGGCCACAGCGAUGGGCAGGGAAGCGGACGAAUCGUGCUCUUCGAUGUCGUCGUCCAGCAGCGCGGCACCCCAACCCAAACUGGAUUUGCUGCUGGGCCGGACGGAAGACAACAAAGACGCUGGAAAACGAUUGCAUUUUUGCGCUCACUGUCCGGCCCGUUUCUUGGUCGAGACGGAACUUUUGAUUCACCAACGUUUUCACGGUGUCAAGUUGGCCUUCCGUUGUGACGUGUGUUCCUAUACCGCCCGCCAGGAGAAUCACCUGCUGGCCCACUGGAAGGUUCACAGUCGCGAAUAUCAAGAAAGAACCAAGGUAUUGAUGGAACAUCACGGAGCGUCUGAACAGCAUCCGCAGCCGUGCAUACUGGCCGUCCAACCGGCCAGCAGUGCGGACGAAGAAGAGGGGGCCAUCGAUUUAACCAGCCGCAAAGAGAUGCCGGACGUUAAUGCCAGCAACGCAACUAACGAAAAGGCUUCGUCCUCCUGUCACCUGUGUCCGGCCAAAUUCGAUGCCGAGAGCAAAGCGCUUCAGUAUCACAUCUCGCUGCACGGAGGCAACGGCCCGUUCCGCUGCCGCUUCUGCAACUACGCCGUUAAAGCUAAAGACAACCUGACGAAGCACGAGAUGCUUCACUUGCACCAGACGGACAGCGAGGAGGUGGCGGAGAGGGCGACGGACAGCGCCAAAGCGCUCAAGAGGUUUCAGUGUUCCAAAUGCCCGUCUUCGUUCGAGAAAAAGGAACAGUUUAAAGUGCAUUCCAAUUUGCACGGGUCUAAACAGCGAUACCGUUGCGACCGGUGCGAUUACGCCGUCAAGUACUACGCCAAUUUUCUCCAGCACAUGAAGAAGCACGACGAGUGCGAGACGGCCGCCGACGCGGCUGCCCACGAGGCCAUGGACGUCGAGACGCAGGAGCCGGCCGUGCCGACGAUUCACCUGCCCGAACAGCCGCUGUCGACGGCCGAUCGCCAGCACAUUUGGCUUCAAGACAAGUUGCGUUCUGUCCAGCAUCAGAGCGUCGAAGAGCCUUUCUUCUGUCAGUACUGCCCGUUCAGGUGUGGCAGUCAGGACGAUUUGGCCAGUCACAACGGCCAUCACGCGGCCAACGGCGCGGCGGGGAGUUACCGUUGCAAUUUCUGCGAUUUCACUGUGACCCAUCAGGAGGAGCUCUCCGAGCACAUUGGAUUGCAUUUCCAGCUGAAGGGCCGCAAGGCGACCAAAUUGCCCGAGAGCUACUGGAAAUGCUCGAAUUUGGAAAUUUGGUCGGAAGCGGUGAAUCCGGUCGAUGGCGGUGGCCAGCCGGAAAUCGUCUACGACGAACAGGCGAAUAAAGGCCAGCACGGGAGCGACGAAGAGGACGACGACGACGCCCUGUACAUCGAUCUCAGUACGGGUCAUCCCGUCCGAGAUGAAACAGCCGAAUCGACUACGGUCGAAACGGAGUCCUAAAAAAAAAAAAAAAAAAAAAAUUUAAUUCAUUCAAUUUGAAUAAAAAAUGAAUUGAAAUACGAGUGCCAUUGAAAACUGUUAUGCCACGAGUUCCCCCAUCUUUAACUAGUCCACUAUUCAAAGACUGUUGGAUAAUUGAAAAACGUUUUGCC